UAGAAGCAGAGAGCACAACUGCAGAUCAGAAAAUCGGCUUCUCUCCACUCACUGUUUCAUCUGACUUCUGCCUAAUGCAACCACAAGGCAUCUGUAAUCAGAAGAGAAUAGAAAUAAGUGAGAGAGAAGAGAAAUAGGAAGAUGGAAAACAUAUCUAUGGAUUUAUUAUUGAAUUCAUCAGGAACGUCAGAGUGGACGAAUGGAUCAAUAUCUCAGGUCAUUCCUAAAUUCUAUCUGGCAUUACCCAUCAUCUACUCUGUAAUCUGCGCAGUUGGAUUGACUGGAAAUACUGCCGUCAUAUAUGUCAUCCUCAAGGCACCAAAAAUGAAAUCUGUCACCAACAUGUUUAUCCUGAACUUGGCUAUAGCAGAUGAACUUUUCACAUUGGUCUUACCCAUUAACAUAGUGGACUAUUUACUGUUGCAGUGGCCAUUUGGAGAAUUUAUGUGUAAACUAAUUAUUUCCAUAGAUGAGUACAAUACAUUUUCCAGCAUUUAUUUUUUAACUGUUAUGAGCAUUGACCGUUACCUUGUGGUUGUUGCAACUGUAGAAUCUAAGAAACUCUCCUUUCGUACCUACAGGGCUGCUAAGAUUGUCAGCCUGUGUGUAUGGAGUUUUGUGACCAUAAUCAUUUUGCCUUUUGUUAUUUUUGCCAAGCUUCACCAAGAACAUGACCGUUUGCAAUGUCUGUUUGUUUUUCCUCACCCAGAAGGUAUGUGGUGGCAGAUGAGUAGAAUCUACACUCUCAUUCUGGGGUUUGCCAUACCAGUGUCCACUAUCUGCAUUCUAUAUACCAUGAUGCUUUAUAAAUUGAGAAGAAUGCGGCUGAACACCAAUGCAAAAGCUUUAGAUAAAGCUAAGAAAAAAGUGACAUUCAUGGUUGCCAUCAUCUUAGCAGUAUGUUUAUUUUGCUGGACUCCUUAUCAUCUAAGCACUGUGGUGGCGUUAACCACAGACAUACCACAGACUCCAGUAGUUAUUGGGAUUUCAUUAUUCAUCACCAGCUUGAGUUACGCAAAUAGCUGCCUCAAUCCAUUCCUGUAUGCAUUUCUAGAUGACAAUUUUAGGAAAAGCUUUCGGAAAUUAGUAGAGUGCAGGUCAUCAUAAAAGACAGAAGAGUCAUUUCAGCAGAGUCUCUCCGUCAGUAAUUACCUACGAACAAUAAGUUUGAAAGUUAACUGAUUAUUAUGAUGACUCUAAAAAUGACCCAUUUAAGAUAUCAUAAGGGUUCUUUACACUCGAGAUUAUUGCAACAUUGGCUCACAUUGGUCUAAUAAAACAGCCAAAGUGUGUAAUAAGUUGUAUCAGUCAUAUGAUGAGAUAAAUCUUUGCCUAACAGAUCUUUGUGAAUGCUUUCUGGUUCACUUUGUUAUAGUAUGGAAUGUAUUUCAAAGAAGUGGCUUUGUCGUGCUUAAUACUGUAUGUACUAUGCUACUUGAGUUGCAUUAAACAGUGUAAUAUAAGAUAAGUAAUAGAGAAAAUUUGGGACAAAGGGGCUUCUUAAUUAUUGCACAAUUUAACUGAUUCUGUAUGUUGUGAUAAAAGUGUAUUGCUAAAUAGUAAUUUAUUCUCAUUAUAGAACAUGGAAAUCAUGUAGAUUGCUUGAUCAUGUAAAUACACAUUUGUUCAAGUUAUAAUUAUGUUAUGUGUGAUUUAAGGAAGACAAUACCAAAUAAAUAUUUUGAGUGCCUUGCUUGAUUAAAAUGCAGACGUUUUAUUUUAAUGUUUAUGGAUGUGUCUGUAAAAUAAAUAGCAACGGAAUAGCAAUUAUUGUACAGUAUGUGAAUUUCAUUAUGUUGUGAAAUAUAAAAAUGACUGCACUUACUAAAACUCAUAAUCCACUGUC